CUGGGAAUUAUUCAUUUGUUUUCCCAUGUGCGACGAUAAACCGUAGCGGCUGCAACGAAGCAUGUCUAAAAAUACGCCCGAAACGCCGAAAAUACACCGCUGUGACUUUUAAGACCACACGUCGUCGAAACGAACACGCGUCUUUACAAUUACCGCACAAACCGCGUGGAAAAUCAUCGCCUACGAUGGGGAAGAAAAGUCAAACGAAAAAACCCAACUCGCAUAACCUCACAUCGAAGAGACCAGAAGUAAACAAACAACUCAAUGACCUGGUUGAUAAACUUCUGCGUGUCACCGUGCAACCGCCACUGGCUAACAUCCAAAAGGAACUGGAAGCCACUAAAGAAAUUCUAACCUUGGUUGAAGAGAUCCAGAGAGCUGAGUACACCAAAGAUGCACAACCUGACAGAACCAAUCCUACAGUACUAUCAAAUUUCACCAACUGGCUGAAAGCCAAUGGAGCAUUAUUUGAUGGUAUGACUAUUGCUAGUUUUGAUGGUUAUGAUUUGGGAUUGAAGGCUGAAUUGGACAUACCAGAAGGAUCUUUACUCAUUGGCAUACCAAGAAAGUUGAUGUUAACACAAGAAUGUGCUUUAAAAUCAUCACUUGCUCCAUUACUUGAAAAAGACUCCAUUUUGAAAGGUAUGCCAAAUGUAGUACUUGCAAUGGCACUACUAGUGGAAAAAUAUAGUGCUGAAUCAUUCUGGAAGGACUACAUAAAUGUCCUUCCCAAAGAAUACACCACAGUAUUGUAUUACACUUAUGAAGAAUUAAAAGAAUUGAUUGGUUCCCCAACAUUAAAACAAGCCUUGAAUCAAAUAAAAAGCAUCUGCAGACAGUAUGCAUACUUUUUCAAGGUGAUUUACACCAGUGAUGAUGAAGUCUGUCAACUUCUCAGAGGGAAAUUCACGUAUCAACAAUACAGAUGGGCUGUUUCAACGGUUAUGACGCGUCAAAAUACGAUUCCCUCCGAGGAUAAAUCUUCAAUGAUCAGUGCAUUGAUUCCACUUUGGGAUUUCUGUAAUCACACCAGUGGUAAUAUAUCAACUGAAUAUAAUCCAGUGUUAGAUAGAAGCGAGUGCCUCGCUGUAAGAAACUUCAAACUCGGCGAACAAUUAUUUAUAUUUUAUGGAGCCAGAACAAAUGCAGACCUUUUCAUUCAUAAUGGAUUUGUUUAUGAACAAAAUGAACAUGAUGGAUACGCCUUGAACCUCGGCAUAAGUCAAUCCGACACCCUCAAGGAGAAACGUUCGCAACUAUUGGAAAAAUUGUUAAUCAAUCCGAACUCGACGUUUUAUUUGGACGCCAGUCCGCAACCGGUGAUGGGAAAAUUACUCGCGUUUCUGCGUGUUUUUAACAUGAACGACGAGCAAUUACAGCACUGGUUGGAGAGCGACAAGUGUGUCGACUUGGAAUGCCUCGAUUGUGCGCUGGAUACGUGCGUCGAGAAGAAGACCUGGUCGUUUCUGCAGGUGCGUAUUAAGCUGCUGCUCGCUGCGUACAAGAGUACAUUCGCUGAUGAUGUUAAAUUAUUGGCGAACAACGAGGUGGAGCUCAAUGAGCGUCGUCGACUGGCGAUUCGGAUGCGUAUCAGCGAGAAAAAGAUUCUUUCCCAUGUGCUGGACUACGUCGAGCAGUACAUAAAACAGUAAAUUAUUGACUUUUAUUUAUUUAAAUGAAAUCGACAAUAAAAUUAUGUUUGACGUA